AUGAGGAUCCGUCUGGCGAGAAGAUGGACGUGGGUCCGCAAAAGCUGCGUGUUUCUCGGCUUCUUGAUGAUCGCUUACUUUGUGGUCGAGCUGUCGGUUUCUUCCUUCGGUGCCUCCCUCGCCGGGGAGAGCAUCACCAAAGGGAAAUGGGAGAGGCGCUUUUCUGACAGAGCAGAAGCAGCUGUGGAUUUGGCUCGUCCAGUUUAUGACAAAUCCCCGCCUGAUCCUUAUGCCCCAGGAGAAUGGGGUAAGCCCUCUCGCCUGGAGCUGAGUCCUGAGGAGAAGAAACAGGAAGAAGAGCUGAUUGAGAAGUAUGCAAUUAAUAUUUAUUUGAGUGAUAAAAUCUCUCUCCACCGACACAUUGAAGAUAAUCGACUGAGUGGCUGUAAAACUAAAUCCUACGACUACAGGAGACUGCCCACGACAUCUGUUAUAAUCGCUUUUUACAAUGAAGCCUGGUCAACGUUGCUGCGGACGAUACAUAGUGUUCUUGAAACAUCACCUUCAGUGCUUCUAAAAGAAAUUAUAUUGGUGGAUGACUUGAGCGAUAAAGUGUAUUUGAAGACUGAACUUGAAAAAUACAUAAGCAAUCUGAAAAGAGUUCGUUUGAUAAGAACCAACAAACGAGAAGGAUUGGUUCGUGCACGCUUAAUAGGCGCUACCUUUGCUACUGGUGAUGUCCUCACAUUUCUAGACUGUCACUGUGAGUGUGUCUCCGGCUGGCUGGAACCACUGCUCGAAAGGAUUGCUGAGAACGAGACUGUUAUUGUUUGUCCUGUCAUUGACACCAUUGACUGGAAAACAUUUGAAUACUACAUGCAAACGGCAGAGCCCAUGAUUGGGGGGUUUGACUGGCGGCUGACAUUCCAGUGGCACUCGGUGCCUAAACAUGAACGUCUCAGGCGCAAAUCUGAAACCGACCCAAUCAGAUCCCCAACUAUGGCUGGUGGCUUGUUUGCUGUCAGCAAGAAGUAUUUUGAGUACCUGGGUACCUACGAUACAGGAAUGGAUGUUUGGGGAGGGGAGAACUUGGAAUUAUCAUUUAGGGUUUGGCAGUGUGGAGGCAUGUUGGAAAUUCAUCCGUGUUCCCAUGUAGGCCAUGUGUUUCCAAAGCGUGCACCCUAUGCUAGACCGAAUUUCCUUCAGAACACAGCACGUGCUGCUGAGGUGUGGAUGGAUGACUACAAAGAGCACUUUUACAACAGAAAUCCUUCAGCAAGAAAAGAAAACUAUGGAGAUAUUUCUGAAAGAAAGAUACUAAGAGAGCGUUUGAAAUGCAGGAGUUUUAACUGGUAUUUAAAGAACAUAUUUGCCGAGUUGCAUGUACCGGAAGAUCGUCCUGGCUGGCAUGGUGCUAUCCGCAGCGCAGGAAUAGCUUCAGAAUGCCUCGACUACGUCUUACCAGAACAUAAUCCUACUGGGUCUCACCUUUCUCUCUUCGGAUGUCAUGGUCAGGGAGGCAAUCAAUUUUUUGAAUAUACGUCAAAUAAGGAGAUUAGAUUUAACUCUGUAACUGAGCUAUGUGCUGAAGUUCCUGAGCAUGAAGACUUCAUAGGUAUGAGGAGCUGCCCAAAAGAUGGAUCUCCUAUCCCAGAAAUAAUUAUAUGGCAUUUCAAAGAAGAUGGGACUAUUUAUCAUCCUCAUUCAGGAAAGUGCCUUACUGCUUAUCGUACAACUGAGGGGCGUGCUGAUGUGCAAAUGAGAACUUGUAAUGCUGCAGAUAAGAAUCAGAUUUGGAAAUUUGAGAAAUAAUCGCUGCUGGUAGUACGAAUGGAAUGGACUGUGAUCUCCAAGGUUUUAUAUGUGUGAGCAGAUAGUGACGUUUGUUUGUAUACCUUGGAAUGUAUUCAGAUGCGUCU